AUGUCUCAAUCAGACGAGGACGUCUUGGAGCCCUUUGCCACUGCCCAGUCGCAUUUGAGCACCUCCUCUCCCCAAACGCCGGUAAACCCACGAGUUCUUAGGUCUAUAUCCGUGCCAAAUACGGCAGACGCCGGAAGAUGUGUAAUGACCCAGCUUUCCAUAAAAUCUCCACGGCUAUCAAGCCCCGCCUCAAGCGCUAUGAUGCGCACUAGAGACGAGGCCGUCUCAUUUUCUGAUGGGGUAUCAACGAUGCCUAGUACCGCGGGACCUCCCCAGUCUGCGGACGAUGAAUUACAGGCAGAUACAAUAAGAAACGAUAAUCAGGUGCGGAUUCAGGGCAUAGUCACUUCUCUGAAGAAUAUGUCUCUUUCUAAACCAGAAACCCGGUUGGCCAUCUAUUUUGACCAAUCCGACCGGGCAAGCAUCGUCAAAAACUCAAGUGUUUUUUAUGCUGAACAGCCAGCUAAAGGGGUUGAGAUGUUUUGCGUUGCUCAACGUCUCGCAGACGUUGAUUAUCGCAUGCAAGUUCAGUUCAAAACUCCGCGCGCGCACUCGAAACUGAUUGACAUCAAGUGCCAAAUUGUUUACAAUCCAUGGACUGAUGACUGUGUUUUGAUUAACUGGGCAGGAAAGGCUCUUUACCUCGUCAACAUUAAGCAUCCAUAUACUUAUGGGCUACUGAGCCCCGGUCAACGAUACAAGAUUAGACCUGGGCUAUGGGGGAUUGCAGACUUCCAAUCGAAUGAUGUUGUGUACGACUGCAUUGUCAAAUUUUUAUUGAACGGGAGACGACACACAGUUUCAAUCACCCCACGGAGUAGCGCACGACGCAAUGGGAGACUGACAAAGCGACAGGUGCUGGACGCCAGCUUGUCGACAGACAUUGCUAUUCCUUCCCCCAGGUUUAUGAGAAAUUCACAAGCAAAUGCCGAAAAGGCCACUAAGAAUCCUCUGCUUGGUUUGAAAGGCGGAGAUGUUGCGAAUAUUGAAAUGCCACUCCGCGAUACGACCUUUCGACAAGAGGGUUCUAAUUACCAAUUACAAAUAGUGGGAAAGAUUUCUCCCAAAGGCGUCUCAAGUGUUUAUUCUUGUCGACAUUCUUUGAUUGAUGAUGGAAAGAUAGCUGUCAAAGUCAUUGAUUACGGAGAUGAGUUUUUGGGCGAGCUAGGCGUAGCCUAUUGUUCGAAGCUCUAUAAACGAGAGAAACAUUUCCUCGAAAGGUUGAAUCAUGGAAACAUUGUUUCGCUCAAGGGGUUUGACGGCCGUGUCCUUGCAAUGUAUCUCGAGCGUCUGCCUCACUCUUUAGCUCGAGGCAUCGACUCCCCGUUCAGUCUAUCUGAUGCUUCCAAGAUAUUCAAGGAUGUUUCGUCAGCACUCAAAUAUUUGGCAAACAAGGGUAUUGCUCACAACGACAUCAAGCCAAGCAAUAUUGCAUACUCUGCCACUCGAGGUGCUGUACUCCUUGAUUUCGGAAUAGCUUCGUCAUCAAAUGAGCUAAGCGGCGGUGGAACACCUUGGUAUCUUCCACCAGAGUUUAUUACUAGCUCAGGACGCUGCCCAGCGGGAGACAUAUGGGCUUUCGGCGUCGUAAUGCUAUAUAUCCUCAGAAAGAUACAAUUACCCGAGAGUAAGGAGAGUUGGAAUAUAAACGACGUCAGAAACAAUUCCAGCGCGGCAAAAAAUGAAAUGAAAAAGUGGCUUGCCAUGAUUAUUAAGACUAGAAAUGGUCUGGAUAAGACAAGCCCGAUAGAAUAUGCGACAUAUUUAAUGCUCGAUGAAAAUCCGGCUACGCGAAUGACGGCCCGGGGGAUCCAGAAUACCAUUGAAUAUCUGAAAUAG